AUGUGGACUGAUGAUUAUAAAAAAUUAAGUUAUAUUUCGCUUACUGUUCAUUAUAUUGAAAAUUGGAAUUUAAAUGAACAAGUUUUAGCAAUUUCAAAAUUUUCUAAUAUUAGUCAUACAGCAGAUAAUAUUAGAAAAGUUAUUUUUGAAAUUUUAAAAAAUUAUAAUCUUGUACCAAAUAGAACAAUGAAAAACUUUGUAUUUGUUACAGAUUCUGGUGCUAAUUUUGUUGUAGCUUUUAAACAUUAUAAACAUAUUCUAUGUAUUGCUUAUAG